GAUCUCAGAGAUCGUUGCAGAAACAUGCCAGAGGGAUCAGAACUCCGCGUGCCUGGCAAAUGUAGACAAUACUUGAGAUGUUACAACGGAAAAGCAGUAGAGAAAUGCUGCCAGUGGGGUUAUUCUUUUAAACCAGGAAGAGGAUGUCGCCGUGAUUAUCACUGUAAAGAAAAGUGUGAUUCACCACAUCCACAGCCAGACCCACAUGGUCUGCAAGAUCGUUGUAGACAUUUGCCAGACCAUUCGACGUUCCCAAUGGAAGGUAGAUGUAGAACGUACUGGAAGUGUUACAACAGAAAGCCGAGAGCGAGCUGCUGUUUAGAAGGUUAUUCGUUCCUAGAAGGGAAAGGAUGUCAACGAAAUUAUCUUUGUCGAGAAAGUUGCACACCAUCACCAGCAGGGGAUUGCCGCCCUGAAGCCUCAUAUGACUUCAAAAAGUCCUUAGAAGACCAGUCCGGCAACAAUGUGCAUGCCAAAUAUCAAAAUGUAAGACAAAGUCGCAGUGGGAAAAUAAAAUUUACCGGUUCUAGUAGAAUAACCAUCCAACAUUUUGCUGGUCAAAGUUUCGGUACUCACUUGUUCAUUGCACUGAAAUUCAAAAAAUAUAGAUAUGGACCUUGGAAACAAGUGCUUCUUACAAAUUGUGCGUGUUGUACGUCUCAGAGACCGUCCAUAAAAAUUAUUGUUACUCAACGGCGUAUAAAAAUGAAACUUGUAACAAGCGAUGGAAGAAGAGAGAAACUAAAGUUUAGACUGCUUCGCAGGAAAGUCCGCCUGACUCUACAGUAUGAUGGAAAUACCUUUGCGGGUACAGUAAAUAACCAAAAGAAAAGUACCCAGCUUAUAGGUAGUGUUGCUAAUACACAUUCCCCGCUUGUAAUUGGAGGUUGUCAUGAUGAUUCAUUUGUUGGAAAGUUGUAUUAUCUCUAUAUCUACAAGUGUCUUCCGAGUGAUCGUCGUCACCCACAAUAAAAAAAAAG